UUAGAGCAGAGCUGGAAACGAUGGCUGUGGCGCUAAGAUGCUUGCGUCACCUGCCUUCCCUGCUUCCUCGGUCUUCAUUCGCAAUGCUGCGGGGACUGCCGCAGGCUCCUGCAGCCUGCCCAGCCCUGCUCCCGGAUGGCUGCAGGCAGUCUGUCCAUCAGAGGCUGCUGACCAGACAGCUAGCUACCAAAAAAGCUAAAGGUAAAGGGCAGAGUCAAACCAGAGUGAAUAUCAGUGCUGCCCUAGUUGAGGAUAUUAUCAAUUUGGAGGAGACCAAUGAAGACAUGCAGGCAGUGGUAGAAGCUCUGAAAGAAGAUUUCGGCAGAAAUCUCAGUGUUAGAACCUCACCAGGGGUCCUUGAUCACAUAAUCGUGAUGACAAAAGACAGGAAGUUUCCGCUGAACCAGCUGGGGCAGAUCUCACAGAAGUCACCGCAGCUCAUUAUAGUGAACAUGACCAAUUUUCCAGAGAGCACAGCUGCGGCUAUGAAGGCUAUAAGGGAGAGUGGCAUGAACCUGAACCCAGAAGUGGAUGGGACAAUAAUUCGGGUGCCGAUUCCUAAGGUGACAAGGGAGCACAGGGAGAGCCUGGCCAAGCUUGCCAAGCAGUCUACCAACAAGUCCAAAGAGGCCCUGAGAAAGGUGCGAAGCAAAAGCAUCAACCAGGUAAAGAAGUUCAAGAACAAAGUAUCUGAAGAUACCAUCUGGCUGCUAGAAAAGCAGAUCCAGCAAAUGGCAGACAGCGCCGCAGCGGAGAUGGACAAACUGCUGGCAGCAAAGACCAAGGAGCUGCUUGGAUAAGCGCCAUCCACGAUGGACACACUCCCCCCUCGAGCGAGAACAGACUGCCGUGCACCCCGGCCAUCGCUGCCCCGAGUCAGCAGCGACGGGCAGGGGGGGCUCUGCC